AUGAGGCCCGAACUCAGCCGCGAGGAGACGUUGGCCCGCCUUCUGCGCGAGGAGCUUCGGACGCUCGAGGCCUCGUACCCAGAGUACGGCUCGCGUAAGACGGUGGCCCCGCAGCAAAAAGAAGACUCCGCCGUCGAGGCCGACGCCGCGGCCAGCAGGAACGUAGACCUCAUGGUCCCCGACGAGACCAAGAACAACCGCGUGUCCGACUAUGACGCUGGUCGCUCCCUGGAGGGGAGGAUGUCUUCGAUGCCCGACGUGCUCCACAAGCGGCCUCAGCCGCCCUUCUACGCGGGUUCGGAACACCUGGCCGAGAAGCCUGCGCUGCCGCCGCAUGUGCUCAAGGCCCGCUCGGGCGACCUCGUUCGAGUCCGGUCCAGGUCGAGGCCGGUCUACAAGCCCCUGUACUCUUCCAGCGAGCACUUGGCCGCGAGGCCCGCCAUCCCCCUGCCGCAGCUCGAGGCUUACCAGAACAGGAAGGGCUCAGAGGACCUGGCUCCUUACCUGGAUGAGGAGGCCAAGAGCGGCGACCUGAGCACUGCUUCGCCCUUGCCGAGAACGACAACGUCUCAGCCGGUCGGACUUAGCACGAGAACAACAACCAAAGUUUCUCCGGUGCAUCCAACGUUCCCAACUCGGGUCAAGUCGCCAACCAAGGAGGCGGCUGUGGAGGCGUCAACCCAGGAAGUUCAACUGAAGCCCGUCUUCUUCCAUGCCAGCCAAGACGAAUUCUUGAGUUCCGUCACUACUCUAGAACCACUGACCCGUGGAACAAGAACUACAAUUGUGACCUCUACCUCAACAACGGCGUCACCAAGUUCGAAGGUUCAAGCGUCUACCACAACACCAGCGCCAAGAACCGGCUUGGCUUUCCACAGCAAACCACCAGUAACCCGACACGUAUCAGUUCCAACCGCAUCCCCAUUGGUCAUACAGACAAGCGCACCGACUUCGGUGGUCACCAGAGCGCCUGAUGUUGUUGAUACGCCAACCAACUUGUACUUGCCCGAUCCUCUGGUCCUGUCGAACCAACACAGCAAGCCUCAAUUUUCUCGGUUUACCCCAGGGAUAGUUCCUUCCUCCCGAAACACCGACGGAGGAACAAACCCUGAUCGAAGAACCACGAGGAGAUUUCACAAUCCGACAAGGAGCCCACCGGCUUUCCCUCCAAGGCGAAGGAUGACGUUCCAGCCCUUUAAGCGAACGAACCGACCAACGCCCACAGUCUCAGGCACGACGCCCACCCCCUGGCGCCAACCAUCCAAGCCUUCAUUUUACGCCGGUGGCGAUUCGGAGCUCAUGAAGGAUCUCAUGCCGGCCGUGCACCCUGUUCCAGAUAGGACAUUGGCCGAGACGACGCCUAAAAGCCUGCUAAUUUCUACGGAACCGACUGUUCAUCUGAGUGACAAUUUUCCAGAGGUCCCCGAUGAAAAGGAUGAGGAGGACAGAGAGGAUCGACCUGAAACGCCCGCAAGUGCCGUUACUAAACCUGCCUCCUCUCAGACUGUGCAGACAACCGCACCAACACCCGCUUCUGCGGUGUCAGAGGACAGCGUUACCGUUGCUUCGGUGCCCCCCACGAAACAACCUGAAGAUACAACCCAGCCAAGCACUCCUCACCAGGAUCCGGUUGUCAGAACAACAGUUGCCCACGCGGAGACGACCGCGACUGGUGUUUCUCCCGCCAGUGAAGCUUCACAAGGGCCCGUCCCCGCUUCGGACAUGAUGCCCUCAGAAGAUGCAGGCGGUGCUACGAUUGAGCUGCCGUCCAACUCAGAAACGAAACCCUUGUCAACUUCGGAAGAGCCGGCCGAAGAACCUGCAACCAGCGAAGGACACGACCGCGACAAUAUGCCGUCAAUACCAAAGAGGGAAGAAGCCACGCAUGUUGCUCCCGACGUUUCGCAGAGCACGGAGGGCGCCCCUCACGACUUUGAGUCUCCAAUGGGUGAAUCACCGCCACCAGUCGCCGAGGCCGAGGAUCACGACGGAGACGCCGAAUCCGAGAAAGCGACGCUGAACAUCGACGAAGCCCUCGACGAUGUACAGGCUGAAGUUCCAGGUCUUGAGCCUCUCGAGGAUGCCGAGGAAGACGGCUCUGUCGACCACCCUCAACAAGGAGGCCCCGUGGUCAUCUAA